GGCCGGUACUAAGGAAGUGGAGGAUAUUCAUUGGACAAGAUAAUUGACAUUAAUAAUACCGAGAAGCUUUACUUUGGAUAUUCACUUGAGAAACACCAUUUACUUCACCAAGAUGUCGGAAAAAGUCUUGGAAGUUGCAGCCAGCGCUGUCCAAGCAAGGAUCCGCAUCCAAAAACACAUUUACAAAACUCCCCUCAUCCCAGCCCGCAUAGCCGGCAAGUCCAACAACGCGGCCGUCCUCUUCAAAGCAGAAAACUUCCAACUCACAGGCUCCUUCAAAAUCAGGGGCGCAACAUCCAAGCUGUCCAGCCACCCCGCCGACGGCAACUUGAUCACCGCCUCGUCGGGCAACCACGGCAUUGGCGCUGCGUGCGCCGCAAAAGCCCUGUCUCGGAACCUCACCGUCGCGGUCCCUCAUACGGUUGUGCCCGCCAAACUGGCCAAGAUCAAGUCGUAUGGGGCGAAUGUCAUUUUGGCGGGCGAUGAUCCCGGACAGUCUGAGCAGCAUGCGCAGAAGCUUGCGGCCGAGGAGGGGUAUACAUAUGUUUCGCCGUAUAAUGAUGCGGGUGUGGUUGCUGGACAAGGAACGAUUGCGCUGGAGAUUCUGGAACAGAGUGAGAAAGUGGACAAUGUGUUUGUUGCCAUGGGCGGCGGCGGAUUGAUUAGUGGAAUUGGAUCUGUUCUCAAGGCCUUCAGUCCGCGUACAAGGGUAUAUGGCGUUUCGGCAAUUCACUCAAAGGCAUUGGCCGAAUCCAUGGCUGCAGGUCAUGUCGUCGAAACAGAACACAAGAGCACUGUGGCAGAUGCUGUUGCUGGCGGUAUUGAUGAAGACACAAUCACGCUCCCGCUGGCAAUGUCUGUAAUAGACCAAGUCGUUGAAUGUGACGAGGAGGAGAUCAAAGCUGCUUUGAGGGCGCUUGCUUUUGAAGAAAACAUGAUUGUUGAAGGCUCUGCGGCGCUUGCUCUUGCUGGCUUCAACAAGGUUGCGGAGAGCCUCGCCAACCAAACCAGCGUCAUUGUUUUAUGCGGUGCAAACUAUGACCAGGGACUUAUCAAGAGCAUAAUUUCCAGUUGA